AUGGUGGACAUGAUUGCCAAGCUGACCAGGAGGCAGAGUCGGGCCCUGCGGGGACAGUGGAUGAGGCUGGAGGACGAACGCGGGAAGCCCUACUUCUACAACCCAGAUGAUGACUCGGUUCAGUGGGAGCUGCCCCAGGUUCCUGUCCCUGCCCCUCGAAGCAUCUGCAAAUCCAGCCAGAACAGUGAGACCGCAGCCCAGGCCAACCCCCCUGAGGAGAAGGUAAAGGAAAGAGCAUGUUUGGGUGAGGUUGGGAGCCGGGAGGAAAUCUCUCCUGCUGGGGUGGGAAUCAAGACCCUGGACAAGGCCGGUGUGCUGCAUCGCACCAAGACGGUGGACAAAGGAAAGCGGCUCCGGAAGAAGCACUGGAGCGCCUCCUGGACGGUGCUGGAGGGUGGCAUCCUGACUUUCUUCAAGGACUCCAAGGCCUCAGCUGCAGGUGGCCUGAGGCAGCCUCCCAAGCUCUCCACGCCUGAGUACACAGUGGAUCUGAGGGGGGCCUCUCUCUCUUGGGCCCCCAAAGACAAAUCUAGCAGGAAGAAUGUGCUGGAGCUACGGAGCCGAGAUGGCUCAGAGUACCUGAUCCAGCACGACUCAGAGGCCAUUAUCAGCACCUGGCACAAGGCCAUCGGCGAGGGCAUCCAGGAGCUGUCCGCAGACCUGCCCCCGGAGGAGGAAAGCGAGAGCAGCAACGCGGACUUCGGGUCCAGGGAGCGCCUGGGAAGCUGGCUGGAGGGUGAGGCGCGGCCCACUGCAGGUCUAUGGUUCACCAUGCCCCUGUCCAUCUCCCCUGUGCGAGGAGAUGCUUCGCGCAGCGCUCUCACCACGCUGCUCCCUGGCUGUAGAAAGGGGUUGCACCACUCCAUCAGCAAGCUCUCCUCAGGCCUGGAUUUCAACACGUCCUGGAUCCAGAUCCAGGCCUGGAUCUGA